UUUAUUUUUUUAUUUUUUUACAGGUGUGAUGUCUAAGCGAAAAAGUGAACAUGAAAAGUUACGUGAGAAAAACAUAAAGCUUCUGCGAGAAGAUGCUAAAACAACUAAAAAUCUACUAUCCAUGUUUUUUAAACUAAAUUCAAAUACCCUGCAACACCAUGCUGAUUGCUGAGCCUGUUGAUGAGGUUCAAUCUCAUGUUGCUAAAGAGACCCAAACAAACCUUGAUGAUGAAGAUGGCGUUCAUACUGACACUAAUGAAAUGACUCGACCAAUCCUCAUUCUAAACAUCACAGCUUCUUCAAGCAUGGUUGAACCUUCUGGUGAUAACGAAAAAACUACUACCCGAGUGAAUGAUUGAGUUAAUAAGCCUCACCUGAAUGAACUGACAACUUUCUAUAAAUAUCACCCACAUCAGCCUAAAACACGUCAUAAUAAUAAACAGGAUAAGAGGAAUAGAGCUAACAGAAAUACUUUCAUUUCCAAAUCCACUGUAAACAAAAUUAUAUUAGGAAUCUCUAAAUUAAUGAAAAGUGCCAUUGCUGAAGAAGUACAACAAGCAGGAAUAUUCUCAGUGCAACUUGACACAACUCAAGAUGUAACAAAAGCGGAUAAAUGUGCGAUAGUCCUGCGAUACGUUACCGACAAAGUUGAGGAGCGACUUAUUGGUGUUAUCGAUUUACAUUCUGGAAAAGGCAGUGGUCUGUGCAAAUUGAUGUCAAAUGUUUUGGAACAAAAUGGCAUUGAUAUUACUAAAUAUGUGUCAGAUAGUACUGAUGGCGCGUCUAAUAUGGCCGGGGUAUACAAUGGAUUUACUACAUUUUAAGAAAAAGCGUCUCCUGGACACAUUCACACAUGGUGUUAUGCGCAUGUUUUAAAUCUGGUCGUAUGUGACGCCACCAGCAGUAAUGAAGCUUCAAUGAAACUUUUUGGUAUACUUCAAAAGGAUGCUAUGUUUUUUCGUGAGUCCUACUUGAGAAUGUACCUUUGGACUGAUCACAUGAAAGAAAAAAAAGGCCAAAACAUUCACAAACGACUAAGUGUUAUCGGUACUACUCGGGGGUCCAAACACGAUGCCCUUCAAAAGUUUUUUGGUACGUUUCGUGACGGUGAAGGAGCAUUAUACACAGACGUUGUUCAGGUACUGGAAAUAGCAGUCUCUUCCACUAAAUUAAGUGUUGAGACACGCUAUGAUGCGAAGUGUCUAUUAACGUCCUUAUUGAAAUAUAAGACUGUACUGACGGGAUUUGAAUAUCUAAGAAUAAUGGAAGCAACCUCACCACUGUCCAAAUACCUACAGACGUCUGGAUUGAAUUUCAUAAAGGCGUUUGAGAUGGUUUAAGUAACAGUUUCAGAAAUUCAGACUCAAUCACGCAAUUUUGAUCAAGUUAAGGUGGCUGCAGACCAUUUCAUUAAUGUGUCCGCAACCAUUCUUGACGAGAAAGAAUGUGAUUGUGUUAUACAGACAGAUUUGCCAAUGGUACGCAAAAGAAUAAGAAAAGUAAUGCCAGGAGAAUUAGCAAAUGAUGAUCCACUUACAGAUCCUUUAAAAAAGUUUGAAGUAGAGGUCCACAAUGGUAUUCUAGACACAGUGUUAAGAAGUCUGUCAACUCGGUUUGCAUCACACGGUGAACUGUACUCUGAUAUGAGUUGUUUUGAACCCAACGGAUUUUCUGAGUUAAUGGAACGUAAUAUUCCAAAAAGAGCCCUACAGAAAAUCUGCUGUCAUAUUUCGGCAACAGGCGAAGAAGCGCAGCUGUUGCUUGAGCUGUUGGACUUUGCAAAAAAGUGGCCAGUUUUAAAAAAAACAUUGGAUGAGAGUUACAAUUGUUCUGAUCAAAUCACGAUUGAUGAGGAUGAGGUUGAGAAUGAAGAUGACGCCACCAACCAUAAAUACGGCCCUCUAAAGAAGUGUCGCUCUUGCAUUUACUGUUGCUACCAUGUGCUUUGAAAUUAUAAUCUUUACGGCAAGAGCUACUACAUGCUGCACAGGGCUUACAAACUCAUUCUCACAAUUUCAAUUACCCAAGUGGCUUGUGAGAGGAGUUUCAGGAAGUUGAAAUGUGUCAAAACAAGAUUGCGAAGUCAGUUGACAGAAAAUCACUUGGACUCACUGAUGAUGUGCAUUGAAAAGGACAUGUUGAGCAACAUAACCAACGAUGAAAUUAUUGAUGAACUUCCUAAAUCGAGUGGUGAAUUAAAAAAGUUUCUGUUUUUAUGAUUUUUAAUUUUUGUGAUUUAAAUAUGAAUUUAUAAAACAAAUAUAACACAUGUACUUAAAUGACAUCUUUAUUGAUUCUAAACAAGUGUAUACAAGUCCUUAUUGUUCAAUAGUGUGACAAAAGUAUUUAAAAGUGAGGGGUUACAAGCGAAUACGAUUAAAAAAAAAAGUCACUUGGUGGGCCUUUUUCAUGAUAGCAUUUCCCGGGCCUUUUCAAAAGCCUAAUCCGCCCCUGCCUCCUCAUCUUUUGAGUAUUUUUCUUUCACAAAAAAUCAUGUUGUAGUUAUUUGAAAACUUGAGUUUUCUUGAGAAAAAAUGUCAGUACACCACGUAUAAAAUCAGUUUUAAUUGGCAAUUCAUCCAGUGAGAGUAGCCCAGCUAGCGACAGUACUUCGAUUCGAUUCUU